CGAACUCACCUCCGCCCACGAUUCCCUCUUCCGCUAUGCCCGGCCUGGUCAGCGAUGCCACUCGCAUCUGGGAGCUGAACAUCUAUUGGGCUCUGCACUCCCAAUGCGGGAUUUGGGAUCCAAAGGGCAAGGGCGUUGACAUCUGGGAAUGCAUCCGUCCCCAUAAUUCAACGUCAGGCACACAACCACCAAAUAGCACGUACUGGCGCUAUAUCACUCGCCGAUAGCCACACUGGUGCUCCCGGUGUGGGCUUGCAGGUCAUCCACGUCCCCCUGGUUAAACAACUGGAUCCAUUGUCCUUGGACGCAUUGCUAUGCCUUCCUCGACAAUCGUCCACUCAUGCCCUCGUUGCGCCACCGACGUCCCUCGCGACACCCAUACACAAUUCCUAGUCGCGCCCAUCCGCUGUCGCGCCGCGGCGGCGCUCAAUAAAUACACGCUGGGCGCCGAGCCUUCCUCCAGUGUACACCCGGCGCUAUACAAGCGCUGGCGCUGGGCGAGCUGUUUAAUCAAUCAGUCUCCACUGGAGGUUUGAUGCCAUGCAAGCCAUAGCAACCCUUUUUUCUGCCUUCCCUAAUUCUCGCCCCUUUCACCGCCUAGUCUUUGGAUUUAUUUGCGCGUUUCUGCAUCAUCCCGUGAUAUCGUGCUUAUCUGCCUUUUUGGUUCGUCUUAUGUAUUUGGGCUCCCCUCUCUACCCCUACCCCACUCGCUCCCUUGGCAGACGAUCACGUCCUCUGUCGGCCGGAGCAUAGCGAUAGUAAUGUGCUAGUGUGUAUAUCACCCGCUCUCGUGUGUUCUCACUGUUACUGUUUUACUUACCACUAGCAUUGCCUGCAUUCGUAGUAUACAAUCGGUCCUAGUAGCGUAGCCUACAUCAUCACCCACGGUCGCAAUAGCAUCUGCAUUCUGUUCUCGC